AUGAACCUUACAACUGCUGUUGAGCACUCAUUCGAAUCCACACUUCUCAAGAAGCAUCCAAUGUUGGCAACCAAGGACCCGUCUCAACAACAACCACACCUCCAACAACUACCUCCACAACAACAUGAAGUAGACAAGGACAAAGAGAAUGACAUGGACAUGAACAAAGAUAACAACAAUGUCAUCAAACAUGAUAUAGAUACAAUGCCAGCUGAUAUCACCACUGACACUGACAAUGCCACUGCUACUGCCACUGACAGUACCACUGUCGCAUCCGGGUCAUCGUCCUCCUCAUUCACCAAUCCCAAGUAUCACCCAGAGUCCCACCACCACGAAGAUCAUCACUUCAAAAUAGGACAGUAUCUGUCCUAUAACUGGUCCUACAUGUUUGGCAAGUGGUCCGAGCGCCUCAACAGUCUACGUGAGGUACUCAAGAGCUACUCUACCUCGGCCAUCGACAUCCCUUUGACUAUUGAUGACCUGACCGAAGACGACUUUGUCCAACACUCCUACGAUGACCUACUGCUGCACACCUACUCUGAGAAGGACCUUGAGAACAUGUGUAGAGAGCAUGGUAUAUAUGAUGCUGUCCGCGACAGAGGAUAUGAACAUACAAAGGUGGUGAUCGAUGUGUCCGAUCCAUAUGUCCACAGAUUGAUGUACACUGAUGAGUCAUUGGCACACAGAAAGGGCUCUGCCAUUUAUCUGGUUGAUUGUUUCCUUCGCAGAAAGGAUGACUUUGCCCUGUGUGACAUCAACGCCAAAUACUCGCCCAAUGUCAGUGGCCAUGCUCAUGUUUCCAGCGCCAUCACUACACAUAUACCCAAGUUCUCAUUUACCGGGGAGUACUAUGUGUGGCCCUCGACAGAGUGCGGCAAAGACUUCCUAAAGAAGAAUAUUGGAGACAAUGUGUACCAGGCCACCAACAUUGAGUGGCUAUGCCUUCACGACCCCAACAAAGACUUUACAAAGGAGCGUCCACCUCUGCCUGGCCAACAACACCCCGGUCUGGGCAUUGCCAGGAGGUUCGACAAGCUCCUAGUCGCUGGUGCCACCAAGCAGAAGCGUGACUUCCUUCUCAACACUCCAUUUAGAUUCCACAAUGCAUUGCUCUACCAAUCAGAUGAGUACUUCUUCAUUGAUCCCUCUACUCAAGCAUUCUUCUUGACACUGGUUGGUGACUUGGAGUCGGAUAUUCAUCAGUUUGGUCUGGUUCCAGUGGCAUGGGCAUUCGAGUUUGGUUGUGUCAAGGAAAGAGACACUGGAAAGACAGUGAGAUGGGACUUCCAUCAACAGAUAAGACCAAUUUCAAAUAGGAUGAAGGCAUACUUCCGCAGUGCUGACUACAUCUCCUACGUCAAGAAGAACACCAAGUCUGGUUUGUUCUAUAUCGAUUGGAAGGGACAUCCAUCAUUGAGCCACUUCCAUGAAGAUGGUGAGCAAAUCAAUCAAUCAGAGGCAGCACCAUCCAUUGCCGACAAAACCAAGUAA